ACAGCUUUUUCAGGUCCAUGCUUGGAUAUGUAUUUUUUUUAAUCACAGCUUUGAGUUUCAUCACUCUGCUUUUCUGCAACCGGACACUUCCACUUGUAAAGACAGUCCAACCGCACCAGUGUCACACAUACAUGGGGAUCAUCGCAGCAUUGCCCGGAAGAUGUGUAUCACUGCUCCGCGGCUGAGAUCUGUGUUGCCUGCGCUCAUCGUGGGAUCGGAUCCCUCGGUUCAUGUCUGCGCUCUGCGCCCCGUGUCAUUCCCGGUGAACUGAAAUGGCUCUUUGCGCGGUAGUGCGACAGACACGCAGACCGCGGCAGGGAAAUUGGACACGUCUAGUUUUAUUUACGAUUUAUUGCUUUUUUUGUGUAUUACCACUGAAACAACUUUGCGCGUUCCCCUCCUCGCUGAGCGACUGUCAAACGCCCACCGGGUGGAACUGCUCCGGGUUUGAAGAGCAGGACACAGAUCUUUUUCUUUGCGACACAAACACAUGCAAGUUCGACGGAGAGUGUCUGCGAAUCGGGGACACGGUGACGUGCAUCUGUGAUUUCAAGUGCAGCACUGACUAUGCUCCAGUGUGUGGAUCUAAUGGAGAAAGCUAUGAGAACCACUGUCUCCUGCGCAAAGACGCCUGUAAACUUCAAACAGAGGUGCUGGUGGUGUCAGAGGGUGCCUGCCCUGUCGAUGCUGGCUCUGGAUCAGGAGAUGAUGUUAAUGAAGGUUCUGCAGAGAUCAGUCAGAAGGAGACAUCGACGUGUGACAUUUGUCAGUUCGGGGCCGAGUGUGAUGAAGAUUCAGAAGACGUGUGGUGUGUGUGCAACAUUGAUUGCUCUCACAUCAGUUUUAAUCCAGUUUGUGCAUCAGACGGCCAUUCCUAUGACAACCCCUGCCAGGUGAAAGAAGUGUCGUGUCAGAAACAGGAGAGGAUUGAGGUCAAAUACCUCGGACAUUGUAAGGAGGAGAAAGACCAGGUGAGUGAGGUACCAUGGGGUCUUUACAUCCCGUGUCCGGAACGUUACAAGAACUACUGUGUCCAUGGAGAGUGCGAGUAUCCUAGCAACCUUUCGCCCCCCACCUGCAGUUGUCAUUCAGGCUUCAUUGGGCCGCAGUGUGACACAAAGGACUAUAAUGUAAUGUACGUGGUUCCUGGUUCUGGAAAACUCCGCUAUAUUCUGAUUGCAUCUAUCAUCGGAGCACUGCAAGUGGCCAUCAUCUGCAUCGUAGUGCUUUGCAUCACACGAAGGUGUCCACGUGGGAAUCGGAUAGCACGGCAAAAACAAAAUGUUCCACACUUCAACUCGGAAAACACCCUGCGGGCCUCCACCAGACUCAUCUGACGAACACUGAAACCUUCAGAGUGACAUGUGCUGAAGAGAGCAGAGAAAGGCCCCGGGGAAUAGGGGAACACAUACCCCUCCAGACAGGUGAAGUUGGGUGUAUAACAUCUGAAGCAGGACUCCAAGCUGUGUGCAAACCUUACCGCCCCUUAUUUUCCAUAGGGCAUAAACAGGGGACAAACCUCAUGGGACAGGCUUACUUCGGUUUUUCCAUCUGGCCUGCAGGCUUGAAUAAGGCUUAUUGGAAAAGAUAAGAGGCAGUCAACUUAGUUCAAGUGUCAGAACGUACAGCUAGCAAGGGGAUAUUAGAAACACCCCAUCCCUGGGGCAGCAACAAUCUGGAUAUGAGGAGCGGAUGGAUGGGCGGACAGACGGAUGGAUGGAUGGACGGACAGAUGGACGGACAGUUGGACAGACAGACGGACUGACAUUUAAACUAGAGAGAUGUGCCACAUGUUGCCUUGUAUUUGUUGUCGAUGACACCACUGAAGAAUAGAGCCCUCUAGGGCUCUCUUUGGUUAUGUAUUAUAUACAGUAUAUAUUUCCAAUAGGUUAACAUUCUUGUGAUGUGUUUUUAUUCGCUGUAAUGUAAAUAAAUAAUUUAUAUCACGUGAUCUAAUGUUCAAUUGUAUUUUACUUAUUAUACAGUAUAAAUCAUAUAUUGUUUACAUUUAUGUGACUAUCGGAGCAGUGGUACAAAAAACACUAUAGUUUGUUGUUCACAACAUUGAAGAGCUGAUGUGCUCAUGGUGAUCUAAAUCCAGUCUGGAUCAUAUCCCAUUCCCCCUCUCUCUACCUCCAC